CGCGUCCACUAUUCUGCUGAGAACUUGGGCAGAGCUGCAUCUUGUUCCUGUGUUAUUAAAGAUCUUCCCAUUCCUCUAUUUCCAAAGCAUCCAGGUGACCAGGAGUCUGGUGGCCUUCCAAGUUCUUUGCUCAGGAGGUGGCGACGCACCCUCAUUGUCAUUGGAGUCAUAUACUCCCUCUGUAAACUAAUAUAAGAGUGUUUAGAUCACUACUUUAGUGAUCUAAAUGCUCUUAUAUUAGUUUACGGAGGGAAUAUUAUUCUUGCUCGUAGCUUUUGGAACCGAAAUGAAGGCACACGGAAAGUGCGAAAGGCCAGUGCUGGAGAAUAAAAUUGGAGAAGCAGGUAACCUUACCUAACCCACCAUUUCACUGAACUUUCUUUGAUUUUGACGUGCUAACAGCGGGCCUAUCACAAUGAGAGGGUAGUUUCUCUGAGGCUACAUGGUACUUCGCAAGCGCAAGAGAUUCUAACUGGUGAAGCCUCUGCGGCUAACACAAACAGGGUUGUUUCUUCUAUUCACUGAGUGCUGAGAGAUAUCUAUGUCAGCAUGUUUGUUGGCGAGUAAUUCUAUAACAUGAACGGGCUGUCAGUUGUUUAUAUUUUGGCGGUACAGCCUAGGCUACUUACACAUAAUUCAUAGAUUAAUUAGCCUACUUGCACAUGUUUUAUUGAUUAAUGAGCUAUCGAAGAGUGGUUACAGUUUAGUUUUUCAGAGAGUCCAACUCAGCGAAACUUAAUUAUACCGGAUUAGAUCUGGGGUUAUCUUCCUGACCUGCUGCUUUUGGAGACUUCUGCGGCACAUUUGCAAUAGCAUCUCUGCGAACCUUGCACCCGCCCUCAUUCAUUUGCAAUAGCAUCCCCGGCAACCUUGCAUCCGCCUUCCUCGCUGCGCCACUCCAAUAACUCUGCUUCAAAGGUCGAUCAUCCAACUCUGCUUCUGAGGUCGAUCAUCCGUGAUCAGAGCUGGGGUUACCUUGCUGACCUGCUCUUUGAAGACUUCUGCGUCUCGUUUGCAAUAGCAAAACACUAGCUCGAACCUGCAUCUCCGGCAACUUUGCAUCUGCCUUCCUCGACACGUUGUGCUCUGACAAGUCUGCUUCCAAGCUCCAUCAUCCGUGUUUUUCAUCCACUGCUGCCUUCACGACCUGUUUGGCCCUCCAGAAGCACUUCCAUUACUCGAUAUCAUUUCCUCAGAUCACCCCAUUAUACCAAAAAAAAAAACAGUCCACUUCUAUUGCGCGUUUUUCAUUUCGUCAUAUCACUCCUGCACCCCACCAUCCAAGUUACCCCCCCCCCCCCCCCCCCCCCCAAACAAAAAAAAAGGAAAAUCUGUCUCCGGAGUUCUUUUACCCUGUUUCCCAUCGUUUGGCAGUUAAAAUCUUCCAAAGUUUCCUCCAUUUCGUGUCUUAUACACUACACCUAAGAUCCGUACAUUGUCAAAAUCAGCCCAAAAACAUCCCAAACAGACUGCAACUCCAUGACGGUGGCGGUGAUGGCUGUCUUACAAAUGGUGGCAUCGCCGAUCCUGAAGAAGCUCCUCACUGAUACUUCGACGUACCUCGGGGUUGACAUGGCGAGUGAGCUCCAUGACCUUGAGACCACCAUCAUGCCACAGUUCGAAUUGAUGAUUGAUGCGGCUAACAAGAACAACCACAGGGCUAAGCUGGACAAAUGGAUCCAAGAGCUCAAACAAGCCUUCUUCAGCGCAGAAGACUUGCUGGAUGAUUAUGAGUAUAACCGCCUUGAGAGCAAAGCGAAGAGCGGGAAGGAUCCCUUGCCACGACAUGCCUGUACCACCAGCACUAUUAUGAAGCCUGUGCAUUUUGUGUCCAACCGGUUGUCAAAUAUGUCCUCCAACAACAGGAAGCUAAUUCGCCAACUGAAGGAACUGAAGGCCAUUCUGGCAAAAGGCAAGGAGUUCCGUGAUCUUGUUUGCUUACCAGCUGGCAACACUGCAGAGGGCCCUGUUGUACAAGCAGCCGUUGUUCCUCAGGUCACAUCAAUUCCACCUCCGAAUGUAAUAGGUCGUGACAAGGAUCGCGACAAUAUAAUAAACCUUCUUACCAAGCAGGUUGGUAUUGAGUCUAGUUCAGCUACAUAUUCGGGUUUGGCUAUUAUUGGAGCAGGAGGCAUGGGAAAAUCCACCUUGGCACAAUAUGUUUACAAUGACGAGAGGGUAAAAGAACAUUUUGAUGUCAGGAUGUGGGUGUGCAUCUCACGCAGACUUGAUGUCGAACGUCAUACACGGGAGAUUAUUGAGUCUGUGGUGGAGGGCGAAUGCCCACGUCUUGGUAAUCUUGAUCCUCUCCAGUGCAAAUUAAGGGGCUUGCUGCAAAACUCAAAGAAAUUCCUGCUUGUAUUGGAUGAUGUUUGGUUUGAAGAAUCUGGCAAUGAGAUGGAAUGGGAGCAACUCCUGCGUCCAUUAGUUUCUGAGCAGACUGGAAGCAAAGUUUUGGUGACUUCUCGAUCGAAUAUACUUCCAGCUUCUCUUUACUGUAACAAGAUUGUUCCUUUGGAAAAGAUGGAAGACGCCGAGUUCUUGACACUCUUCAAAAAUCAUGCCUUUUCUGGAGAAGAAAUCGGAAAUUGUAGGCUACGUCAGAAGCUAGAAGAGAUUGCAGAGAAGAUUGCCAAUAGACUGGGACGAUCUCCUUUAGCAGCAAAAACAGUGGGUUUACAGUUGAGCAGGACAAAGGAUACCACUUCAUGGAAUUAUGCUCUAAAGACGGACAACUUAAAUGAUCCCGGGAGAGCUCUGUUGUGGAGUUAUGAUAAGUUAGAUCCACGUCUGCAGAGAUGCUUUCUAUAUUGCAGCUUAUAUCCAAAAGGCUAUCGCUAUAACAUGAGGGAGUUGGUUCAUCUGUGGAUUGCAGAGGGAUUUAUUGAUUCGUGCAACGAGAACAAAAGAGUGGAAGAUAUUGGAAAAGAUUACUUCAGUGAGUUGGUCUCUGUUUCAUUCUUUCAAUCAGUUACCGAGAUAAACUCUACUACAUCCUAUGUUAUGCAUGAUCUUAUUCAUGACUUGACACAGUCACUCUCUAUAGAGCAUUGUUUCACAUUGGAAGAUGAUAAGAUGGCAGAAAUACCAAGCACUGUUCGACACUUAUCUGUUCGUGUUGAGAGUAUGAUACAGCAUAAGCAAAGCAUUUGCAAGCUACAUCAUUUACGUACUAUUAUCUGCAUUGAUCCAAUUAUAGAUGAUGUAAGUGAUGUUUUUAGUCAGAUACUGCGGAAUUCGAAGUUGCGUGUACUAUAUUUGUCAGUCUUCAACAGUGGCAAGUUGCCAGAAUCAAUAGGUGAGCAGAAGCAUCUUAGGUAUUUAAACAUGGUCAAUACGUGGAUUUCUGAAUUGCCAAGAUCAUUAUUUACCCUUUACCACUUACAGUUCCUUAAGUUCAGUCCCAAAGUUGAGAAUUUGCCUGAAAAUCUCUGCAAUUUAAGUAAGCUGUGGUAUCUUGAAAGGCACAGUUUGUAUGGUAAUAGAAUAAAAGAUCCAUACAACAAUGCUCUGCCUCAAGUUCCUAACAUAGGCAAGCUUACUUUGCUCCAAGAACUUAGUUAUUUUUCUGUGCAAAAGCAGAAGGGAUAUGAGUUGUGGCAGCUGAGGGAGAUGAACGGCCUUGGUGGCUCUUUAAAUGUUACACAUCUUGAGAAUGUCACAAUGGAUGAAGUUUUGGAGUCAAACCUACACCAGAAAACUCAUCUGGAAAGCUUGCAGCUUGGCUGGAGUUAUAUGGAUGACAUAAAUGUAGAGGACAGUUUACACCUGAAGAUUCUGGAAGGCCUGAUGCCACCGCCUCAACUUAGGGACCUCGCAAUUGAAGGUUACAGAUCUGCAAAAUAUCCAGGUUGGUUUCUUGAGGAUUCACAUUUUGAGAAUUUGGAAAACUUUGUGCUUGUUAAUUGCACUGCGUUAGAAAGCCUACCAACCAAUGCAGAACUCUUCAGGAAUUGCUGCUCACUUCGCCUCAAGAAUGUGCCAAACCUAAAGACAUUACCUUGUCUUCCAGCAGGUCUUAAAACGUUAUCAAUUGCAAAGUGUCCACUGCUUAUAUUUGUUUCCAGCGUUGAACCAGAACAGCAUGAUCAGUGGGAGGACAUUAUGAAUACAGACCAAUUGGUAUCAAACCUUUCUUUGAUCGUGAGUGGGUUUCAGGUAUCAGACACACGGGACAUAGUAUCAUUGGAAUUUUCAUCUUUGGAGCAGUUGAUGGCAUUGAUGGAUGCGGAUAUGUCACAUCUUGAAAACAUUAGAAGUGUUAUAGAAAGAAAGGAAUUUGUGAUAAAGGAUAGCAUCAAUGCAUGGAUAUGUUGCCACAAAGAGAGGAUGAGACUCAUUUAUGGAAGGAACAUUGGGCUGCCUCUGGUUCCAACAUCAGAACUAACCCAGCUUGAACUUUCUUCAUGCAAUAUUACAGAUGGGGCAUUAGCUGUUUGCCUUAAUGGUCUCACUUCACUGGAAAUUUUGCGCUUAAAUGAGAUCAUGACUUUGACUACACUUCCGUCUCAAGAGGUCCUCCAACAUUUGACAAACCUAACAGAGCUGGAUAUCAAGUCUUGCUGGUGUCUCAGGUCAUUAGGGGGUUUAUGAGCAGCUACCUCUCUUUUGGAAGUCUGUUUAAUUUCCUGCCCUUCUCUAGACUUGACAGAUGGAACAGAUGAACUGCCGUUAUCUCUUAAGAAUCUAUAUAUAUACUGGUGCGUGCUUGCAGCUAAUUUCUUCAGUAGUGGCCUGCCGCACCUGACAAACCUUGGCAUGGUUGGCUGCAGAAGCUCUGCAUCCUUGUCGAUUGGUCAUCUGACCUCCCUUGUAUCAUUAAGACUACGAGAUCUCCAGGAUCUGUGUUCUCUUGAAGGACUUCCUUCCCUGCAACUUCACGACUUAGAGUUGAAAGAUGUCCCGAAGCUCAACGCCAAGUGCAUGUCACAGUUUCGGGUGCAGAAAGCACUUACUGUUAGCAGCCCUGUGAUACUCAACCACAUGCUCGGCGCUACAGGUUUUACAGUUCCAGAAUUUCUCUCCCUUCAAGGAUGCAAGGAGACAUCCCUUUCAUUCGAAGAAUCUGCAAAUUUCUCAUCCGUGCAGCACCUGAUAUUAUAUGAAUGUGAAAUGAGGUCCUUGCCAGGAAAUCUCAAGUGCCUGACCAGUCUGAUACGACUUGAUAUCGGCUACUGUCCCAACAUAUCAUUUUUACCUGAUCUGCCAUCCUCCCUCCAACGUAUAUCUGUUUGGUAUUGUGAGCACUUGAAGAAGAGUUGCCAAGCACCUGAUGGAGAAAGCUGGCCAAAGAUUGCGAGUAUCCGUUGCAAGGAAUUCAUAUGAACUAUGAUUUCAGAUUGAAAGUGCAUUAUAUC